AUGACAAUAGUAGAUUUCCAAAUUCCAAUACCUUGGGCAAAAACAAUUUUCGUUGAAAACGAGCCAAUGGAAGAUAUUUGUUUCUUUGCCUACAAAGUCUUUUCCUUCACUUUUCCAAACAAAGAAAUGUACCCAGGCAUGCAAAGGGUUCGAUAUAGGGUAAUAGUGGUAUUAAAAUAUGGACGACAAAUGACCCUAUGCAAACCAGACCAUUUGAAAGAUACUCUUUUGCAAUCUAUUCUGAACAACUACUUUGGAGUAUCUACAGAUCCAAAGCCAGUUAGCGCUGGCAAAUCGGAUAAAUGUGCUCACUGCGCCAAGCAUGCCAUAUCAAAUCAAUUCAAAUUUAAAUUGGCCAAACCCUCUACUCCUAUUCCAAAGAGAUCAUUAAAGAAACAAAAAACAAAAGGUGAUGAUGAUGAAGAUGAAGAAGAGGCAGAGGAAGAAGAUGAAGAAGAGGCAGAGGAAGAAGAAGCACAAGAAGAAGAAGAAGAGGAAGAUCCUGUUUUGAAAAAAGCAAGCAAAAGACUCAUAAGCAUUAGGAUCAUCAUCGAGAAUUUGAACAACACAAUCUCAUCCAAGUUCAAUUGA